CGAAGGCGCCGGGUCGAGCAGCUCCGUCGACCCGAGCACCAUGUCCGUGAUCGAUCGGUUCCCGCACUCCACCGCGGAGCUUCGGCGGGUGAAGGCGGUGCAGUUCGGCGUCCUGAGUCCCGAAGAGAUCCGCAAGAUGUCCGUGUGCGAGGUCGAGACCGCGGAGACGUACGAAAAAGGCCGACCGAAGCGCGGAGGCUUGUCCGACCCGAGGAUGGGAACGAUGGACCGCAGCAUGACGUGCGAGACGGACGGCAUGGACAGUAAGGACACGCCGGGGUACUUUGGGCACCUGGAGCUCGCGAAGCCGGUGUACCACCACGGGUUCAUCAAUAACGUCGUCAGAGUGCUGCGCUGCGUCGGGUACUCGAGCUCGAAGCUUCUUCUGGACAAGAACGACGACCCGCGGUUCGUGGAGAUCAUGAAGAUCCGGAACCCGAAGCAUCGACUGAAGAAGUUCGCGGACACGUGCAAGACGAAGAAGAUCUGCCCGAGCACCGGGACGCCGCAGCCGCAGUACCGCCUCGACGGCAUGAAGAUAACCGCGGAAUUCAAGGUAUCGGCGGAUGAGGAAGACUCGGGGAUGAUGUCCUACGGCGGCGAGCGCAAGAUACAAGUCACCGCGGAGAUGGCGCUGAAGAUAUUAAAGAACAUCAGCGACGAGGACUGCAUCGCGUUGGGUUUAUCCCCCGAGCACGCGCACCCGUCGUGGUACAUCUUACAGGUGCUGCCGGUGCCGCCGCAUCCGGUGCGGCCGUCGGUGGCGUUCGACGCGUCCACGCGCUCAGAGGACGACCUCACGGUGAAACUCAUGGAGAUCGUGCGGAUGAAUAAGAACCUGCAGAAACAGGAGAUGAACGGCGCGCCGCAGCACGUCAUCGGCGAGUUCACGGAGCUUCUGCAGUAUCACAUCAUGACGUUUAUGGACAACACCGUCGCGGGACAGCCGAGGUCGCUCACGAGGAGCGGUCGCCCGAUCAAGUCCAUCUCCGAGCGUCUGAAGGGUAAGAACGGGCGCAUUCGCGGGAACCUCAUGGGCAAGCGCGUGGACUUCUCCGCGCGCACGGUGAUCACCCCGGACCCGAACUUGAUGCUCGACGAGCUCGGCGUCCCGUGGAGCAUCGCGUUGAACAUGACGUACCCGGAGAUGGUGACGCCGUAUAACAUCGAGCGGCUUCGGAAGCUCGUGGAGAACGGGCCGCACCCGCCGCCCGGGGAGACGGGGGCGAAGUACAUCAUCCGCGAGGACGGGCAGCGGUUGGACUUGAGGUUCCUGAAGAAGGAGUCCGAUAAGAGACUGGAGUACGGCUACAGGGUGGAGCGGCACAUGAUCAACGGGGAUUGCGUGCUGUUUAACCGGCAGCCGUCGCUGCACAAGAUGUCCAUCAUGGGUCACCGCGUCCGGAUCAUGCCGUACUCGACGUUCCGAAUGAACAUCUCCGUGACGCCGCCGUACAACGCGGACUUCGACGGCGACGAGAUGAACAUGCACCUGCCGCAGUCGUUGGAGACGAGGGCGGAGGUGCAGGAGCUCAUGAUGGUGCCGAAGAUGAUCGUGUCCCCGCAGGCGAACAAGCCGGUGAUGGCCAUCGUGCAGGACACCCUCCUCGCGUCGCGCUUGAUGACGAAGCGCGACACGUUCAUCAAGAAGGACGUGUUCAUGAACAUCCUGAUGUGGCUCGAGAACUGGGACGGGAAGGUGCCGAAGCCGGCGAUCUUGAAGCCCGAGCCGCUGUGGACGGGGAAGCAGGUGUUCACGAUGUUUCUUCCGGACGUGUCGCUCACGAAACAGAGCGCGUGGGCGAAGGAUAACGACCCGCACGACUUCUCCGUGGAGGACACGGGCGUCCGGAUCGAGAAGGGCGAGCUCAUCACGGGCAUCUUGUGCAAGAAGACGUUGGGAUCAGGCGGCGGCGGGCUGAUUCACGUGAUUUGGGAGGAGUGGGGACCGACCGCCGCGCGCGGGUUCGUGUCGCAAGUCCAGUGGCUCUUGAACUACUGGCUCCUUCAGCACGGGUUCACGAUCGGCAUCUCGGACACGAUCGCGGACGACGGCACGAUGAACUCGAUCAACGACACGAUCACCAAAGCGAAGCAGGACGUGAAGGAGGUGAUCGCCCUCGCGCAGACGAACGCGCUCGAGCUCCAGCCGGGGAUGACGAUGCAGCAGUCGUUCGAGCAAAAGGUGAACCAGAUUUUGAACAAGGCGAGAGACAACGCGGGGAACUCCGCGCAAGGCUCGCUGGACGACACGAACAACGUGAAGAUGACCGUCACCGCGGGGUCCAAGGGAUCGUUCUUGAACAUCUCGCAGAUGAUCGCGUGCGUCGGGCAGCAAAACGUCGAAGGGAAGCGGAUCCCGUUUGGAUUCGACGGUCGAUCGUUGCCGCACUUCACCAAGGACGACUACGGCCCGGAGAGCCGCGGGUUCGUCGAGAACUCGUACCUCAGAGGGCUCACGCCGCAGGAGUUCUUCUUCCACGCCAUGGGCGGCCGCGAAGGGCUCAUCGACACCGCGGUGAAGACGUCCGAGACGGGGUACAUCCAACGCCGGCUCGUGAAGGCGAUGGAGGACAUCAUCGUCAAGUACGACGGCACCGUGCGAAACUCCGCCGGGGACGUGAUUCAGUUCCUCUACGGCGAAGACGGCAUGGACGCGACGUACGUGGAGUCGCAGAAGAUCGACACGCUGAGGCACGACAAGGAGAAGUUCAAGCGAACGUUCCACCUCGACCCGGACGAGCCGAACUUUGGGAAAGGCUGGAUGUCCGAGGCGCAGGCGAACGACCUCGCGAACAGCGUGGAGAAACGCGCGCUUCUCGAGGCGGAGUGGGAACAGCUCAAGCUCGACCGCGCGGAGCUUCACAAGGUGAUGACGACCGGGGAUCCGUCCGUGCACCUCCCGGUGAACUUGAAGCGGAUCGUGUGGAACGCGCAGAAGAACUACGGGCUCGUGAAGGACACUUCCGCGCCCGGUCGGGAGCGCGACGAGCUCCAAGCCGUCAACGUGAUCGAAUCCGUCCGGAGCAUGCUCAACGGCCUCACCGUCGUGCCGGGCGGGGACGAGUUAUCCCUCGAGGCGCAGAGGAACAGCACCAUCCUGUUCUUCGCGCUCGUGCGAUCGACGCUCAGCGCGAAGCGCGUCAUGAAGGACUUCAAGCUCUCCCCCGCGGCGUUCAACUGGGUCGUCGGCGAGGUCGAGUCCCGGUUCAAGAUGGCGCUCGCGCCCCCCGGGGAUGGCAUCGGCACCGUCGCCGCGCAGUCCAUCGGCGAGCCCGCGACGCAGAUGACCCUCAACACGUUCCACUUCGCCGGUGUAUCCGCGAAGAACGUGACCCUCGGCGUCCCGCGUCUGAAGGAGAUCAUCAACAUCGCGAAGAAGAUCAAGACGCCGUCGCUCACGGUGGCGCUGCGUAAGGACCUCGCGGGCGACCGCGCGAUGGCGAAAAACGUGCAAGCGAGCUUGGAGUACACGACGCUUCACAGCGUCGCCGCGGUGAGCGAGAUUUACUACGACCCGGACCCCACGGACACGGUCAUCGAGGAGGACAAGGAGUUCGUUCGCGCGUACUACGAGAUGCCGGACGAGGAGGUGGACCCGGCGCGGAUGUCUCCGUGGGUGCUGAGGAUCGAGCUCAACCGCGAGAUGAUGGUUGAUAAGAAGCUGCUCAUGGCGGACGUCGCGGAGCGCAUCAACGAAGACUUCCAGGACGACCUGUCGUGCAUCUUCAACGACGACAACAGCGAGAAGCUCAUCGUGCGGAUCCGCAUCAUGAACAGCGAGCUCGAGAAGGAGCAGGGCGCGAGCCAGACCGAGGACGAGGUCUUCUUGAAGCGUCUGGAAGCGCAGCUGCUCAACUCGCUCGCGUUGCGCGGGAUUCCGGAUAUCAAAAAAGUCUUCAUCCGCGAGGCGAACACGAUGGGCCUGGACCCGGAGACGGAGACGUACGCGAAGAAAUCGGAGUGGAUGCUCGACACCGAGGGCGUGAACCUCCUCGAGGUGAUGAACCACGAGGACGUGGACUUCACGCGGACGACGUCGAACCACCUCAUCGAGGUGAUCCAGGUCCUGGGCAUCGAGGCGGUGCGAAACGCGCUUCUGAAGGAACUCAGAGGCGUCAUCGAGUUCGACGGCUCGUACGUCAACUACCGCCACCUCGCGAUCCUCGUCGAGGUGAUGACGUACCGUGGGCACUUGAUGUCGAUCACCAGGCACGGGAUCAACCGCGUGGAGACCGGGCCGCUCAUGCGCUGCUCCUUCGAGGAGACGGUGGACAUCUUGAUGGAAGCCGCCGCGUUCGCGGAGCGCGAUCGCAUGUCCGGUCUCUCCGAGAACAUCAUGCUCGGGCAGUUCUGCCCGCUCGGGACGGGCGAGUUUGGCCUGCACCUGAACGAAGACGUCCUGAAAGAGGCCGUGGACUUGGAUCUCACCACGCACUCCGCGGACGCUCUCGGCGCGGGGACGACGCCGGCGAGAGGCACGACGCCCGGCGGGGUGGGGUCCGCGUCGCCGUCGUUUUUGUUAUCCCCGCAGGCGCACGCGAGUCCCUUCGACGACACGAUGCGGUUUUCGCCGUACACCGAGGGCGGAGGCGGCGGCGGCGGCGGCGAUGGGAUGGGGUUCUCGCCGACGUCUCCCGGGUACAGCCCGACGAGUCCGGCGUACAGCCCGACGAGUCCGGCGUACAGCCCGACGAGCCCGGCGUACAGCCCGACAAGCCCGGCUCCGACGUCGCCGGCGUACAGCCCGACCUCUCCGGCGUACAGCCCGACGUCGCCGGCGUACAGCCCGACGUCGCCGGCGUACUCGCCGACGUCUCCGGCGUACAGCCCGACGUCGCCGGCGUACAGCCCGACGAGCCCGGCGUAUUCGCCGACGUCUCCGGCGUACUCGCCGACGUCGCCGGCGUAUUCGCCGACGUCGCCGGCGUACAGCCCGACCUCUCCGGCGUACAGCCCGACCUCUCCGGCGUACUCGCCCACGAGUCCGCAGUAUUCGCCCACUUCCGUGGGCUUAUCUGACGUCGAAAACGCUCCGACGCGGUCGCCCACCUCGCCGCAGUACUCGCCGACGGAGGGCGCGUUCUCGCCGAUGGAGACGACGGAGAAGGAGGAAGAAGAAUAA